AUGGGUUUCAACAAUGGUACAUUAUUAUCAGCAAAAUGGAUUAAAUAUCAAUUUGAUGUGGUUAUUUGUUUAGAAGACGGCUUGAUUAUUGAAUAUGACCAAGAAAAUAGAUCUUUAAUACAGAAAAGACAUGAUCAUAUAACUUUAUAUUUUUCAGAUGGGAAUAUUUUAGGAGAUUUAGGUGGCAAUUUACACGUUAAAUUUGAAGUAAGAGGCCUUUCUAUUGUGUUAGAUCAAAUAAAUGGCAUAACUGCAGUUUGGAAUGACUGCGGACUAUUUUCACUAAGGUCAAAUGAUAACGAAGUAAUUCUUAACUUAGAUAAUCCUGUAAUGUUAAAAAAUGAGGACAAUUCUAUUGAAUGGUUUAUAUAUGGAAAGCCCAGUCAACUUGGGAUAGUAUUUGAGAUGAAUAUAGAAAACGAAAAAAACAUAUGCGUGUUUAACGAUGAUAUGGUCGAUAAUAUAUACAUAGAAAUAAAUAUCGAUGAUCCUGAAAUAUAUUAUUCAAAUGUCAAAUUAAGUAGAGGUAGUGAUCAUACUUUAUUAUUAAAAAAUCAUGAUCUGGUUGUGGCAUCAGAGAAGUUAUUAAAAAGUUGGAUGAAAACAUUCCAAUUGCCAUGGGAAAUCAUGAAAGGAAGAGUUAUACUAUUCAACAAAGAAAUGGUAGAAACUUUAAAAUAUUUAAAACCAAUCGAAAGUCUUUUUGCAGGAUUAUAUAUAAGUGAUACUCAGGCAAUUAAAUCCGCCAUUCGCGACAUCACUAUUGCUUUACCAUUAGUUCGAUCUUUUUCUUCUCAUUAUACUAGUAAACGAAGCAUGACUAAACUUUUGUUGAUGUGUAUCAAUCAAAUAGUAUUAAGUUGUAUAAAUUAUUUAACUAACAACAAAACUACUACAAUAUGGAAUCAAUCCAAAUUACUUAUGAUUAAAAAGUUGAAUGAUUGUAUUAAUUUGUACGAUGAAGUAUUGAAAAGUUAUAAUGAUAUGAGAAACAAAACUAAAAGUGAUAACCGUGAAGAGCUUAUUUUUUCACAUGAAACAUCCCUCGAAAAACUUUAUUUAUUUGUCAAUAGAAUGGCAAAGAUAAAAAAUGUAAUUGAAACUUAUAGACGUUAUAUGGUAUUAAGUUUGUCAAAAAUUUCAGGAAUCAAUCAAAUUUUUGAAAAAUUUAAAAAUACUUAUACAAGUUUUACGAAAAUUUCUUAUGACAUAUUUCAAGUAGAGGACAAUACUUUCGAUAACGACUGUGCAAUUUUCCACAAUAAUAUAAAAGAAUGUGAAGAUGAUUUUUCAAAAAAUAUUUAUUCUUUGUAUAGAGCUAAACCACCAAUUGCGUGGAAUAUGCCAAUGAUAACUGGGCAGAUGAUUUGGAUUGCGUCAAUUCAUACUAAAAUUGAAAAACCUAUGAAUUUUUUUUUGACCAAAAGUCCUAAUUUAUGGAAUAAUCUACGGUAUGUUAGGAUAAUUAAAUCAUAUAACUCAUUUUGUUUUGCUCUGAGAAUUCAUGAAUUACUUUUAUAUUCAAGAUGGUAUAAAAUAGCAAAUAAAUUAAAAGAUUCAAAAAAUAUUCCUCUUUUGAUAAGAGAUCCUAAAACAAGAAGAUAUUACUGCACAUUUUCAAGAUUCCUAAUAGAAACUUUAAAUGAGUCGUAUCAUAUGCUCUAUAGACAACUAACUAUACCAGAACGUCUACAGUUCCUUAUUCAGCGUAAAGAUAUAAUUUAUCAAAGACACGCUUAUGCUGAUUCUUUAGUCAAACGAUAUAACCGUAUGAGAAAUAUGAUUCCACCUGUAUUUCGAAAUCUUAUCAAUUUUGAAUUUAUGAAAUUAGAUAAAAGUUUAUUUCCUAUGAUGUCAGUUGUUACGUGGUCAUCAUAUUCGGCUAUGGAUAUAAUGCUCGACAUAACAAAAAAAUUUGAUUGUACAGAAAAGUAUUCCAAAUGGUUAUUAAAUGAUUAUAUCAGGUUACCUAGUGAGGCAAAAAUUAUAAAUGAAUUAGAAAAUAUUAAUGCAAAGCACCAAGAAGAAAUUAUUAAAAAAAUUGAAAAGUUUUCAAAAUCAGCAGAAAUUAUUUUCCACCAAUUGAUGAAUACAAUUUUAUCAAGAAUAAUUAAUCUUAGUGAUGAAAAAUACGAAUGGUUUGAUAUUGAAGAAGGCCUUAAACCUGUAACUGAAUCUGAUGGGCCACCAACAUUUGAUUCAUUUAAGGAAGAAUCCUAUCCACCUGCAGCUCAUCCUAAGAUAAAACAAGUUCAAGAUUGGUGCAUGAUUAUUUUCAAACGAGUAAAUCACCCUGAGUGGACAGCAAUUAUAAAAGUAAAAUUAACUUUAUAUCCAACUCAACCUACUUAUACACUUGAACUUACACCAACAUGGUCUGAAGUUAAACAAACAAUCGAUAGAAUAACUACGGACGCAUUAAAGUUGUCUGAAAAACUCACUCGAUGGGGGUUUAAUAAUAUUAUUCAUAGAAAAUAUAACUACAAAUUUCGAAAUGUAUGGGUUAAUAGUGCUGAAAAAGAAGUUAAAAUUAAUGAUUUUUUAAAGACAACAAACAAACUAGCUGAUAUACGAGCACAGUUUGAAGACAUAGCUGUGAAGGAAAAUGAAAUAAAUAAAGAGCCCGAAUUCGUUACAAUCGGCCCAUUAGAAAUAGAACUAGAUGAGUUUAAGGUUAUUUUACUAAACGAGGUAAAAGAAUGGCAGAAUUUAUUGACUGACGCUGUGUUAAGAACGUUUCGAGACAAAUUGAAAAUUCUUUGUAAAUAUGUCGAAGAAAACUAUACAUUACUAGCAAUGCCUAUAAAUGAACUAGAUGAUGUUAGAAGAGUAAUUUCGUGCCUUGAAGAUGUAGAGAAAAAUUUUGUUACUGUUGACCGAGAUGUUGCAGAAAUUAAAAAUGUAUUUGAACUAUUAAAUACAUUUAAAGCAACAAUAUUGCAAGAAGAUGAAAAAAGGUUGACUUUACUAACAGAAACAUAUGAAAAAUUGAAAAUCAAAACGUGUGAAGUUCCACAAAGACUUGUAAAUAUUUAUGUACCUAUGAGAAUGGAACUGAAAUUGGGUAUUAAACGAUUAAAAUCUGAUAUUUUUAUAUAUGAUACUCAAUUUAAUGAAAAGGGGCCAAUGGUUAGUGGAUUAACACCAUCAGAAGCCAGUGAAAGGGUUAUUAUAUUCCAAGAUAAAUUCGAUGAGUUAGUUGUAUUAAUGGAUCGUUAUCAAGAAGGAGAACGAUUAUUUGGAGUAAAAAUCACUGAGUAUCCUUCUCUAACGGAAAAAAAACGGAUAUUUAAUUUAUUACAAAAACUUUAUGGUUUAUACGUUUUGGUUAAUCAUUCUAUGGAUACAUGGUUAAAUACUACAUGGAGUCGAUUACGUAUUGACGAUAUAAGUGAAAAACUAGCUGAGUAUUCCAAUAGAUGUCGCAAACUCCCAAAAGGAUUAACCGAAUGGCCAGCAUACUUAGAAUUGAAAAAAAAAAUAGACAAUUGGUCACUGAUUAUUCCUUUGGUAGAAAUGAUGAUUAAAAACUCUCUUAAAGAAAGACAUUGGACAAUGAUCGAAAAAGUGACAAAUACACCUCUUCCAAUUGAUAAUUCAGAUUUUAUGCUUAAAAAUAUAAUGAAUGCGCCAUUAAUUGUUAAUAAAGAUGAAAUUGAAGACAUAUGUCAAACUGCCAUAAAAGAAAUGGAUAUUGAAGCAAAGUUAAGACAGGUUAUAUCUGAUUGGUCUACUAUUAACGUGGAACUAACUACGUUUAAAAGUAGAGGAUUCUUAUUAGUUAAAGGCCAAGAACUAGCAGAAGUAGUAGCACUUCUAGAAGACAGUCAAAUGGUCAUGAGUUCACUAGCAACAAAUAGGUACAAUGUUGCAUUCAAAACAGAAAUUUCGGAUUGGGUGAGAAAAUUUGCAAUAACAGGUCAAGUAUUAGAAAAUUGGAUAAUAGUGCAAAAUUUAUGGACAUAUUUGGAAGCAGUUUUCGUUGGAGGUGAUAUAGCUAAACAACUUCCAUUAGAAACAAAACGUUUCAGCAAUAUAGACAAACUAUGGGUACAAAUUAUGACAAGAGCAAAGUUCACUGAGAAUGUUAUUGAAAUUUGUACAGGUGACGAUUCGAUGGAAAUUUUAUUGCCUUAUUUAAAGGAACAGUUGGAACUAUGUCAAAAAUCUUUGGCGGGAUAUUUGGAUCAGAAGAGAAAUAUUUUUCCAAGAUUUUAUUUUGUUUCUGAUCCUGUGCUAUUGGAAAUUCUUGGUCAAGCUUCAAACUCUCAUGCCAUAGAACCUCAUUUAUUAAGUCUAUUUGAUAAUAUUGCAAAACUGACAUUUAAUCCACUAGAAUAUGAUAAGGCCCUAGAAAUGAUUUCUAAAGAAGGGGAAGGCAUUCCUUUUGAACAUCCUGUUAUGUGUAUAGGAGGUGUAGAAAAUUGGCUAAACACGUUACUUAUUGAGUCAAAAAAUACAGUCAAUCAAGUAAUGUCAAAUGUGGCAGCAUAUAUGACAAAUCCAGAUUUUUCACUAUUAACCAUGGUUAAUACGUUCCCAUCUCAAAUGGGUCUAGUUGGUAUACAAAUGUUGUGGACUUAUUAUACUGAAAAUGCUAUCAGCAAUGCUUUACUUAAAAAAACUAUAAUGAAACAAACAAAUGAUUACUUUAUCGUGUUAUUAAACACACUAAUUGAUUGCACAACAUUAAAUUUAACAAAAAUGGAACGAGUUAAAUACGAAACAUUAAUAACAAUUCAUGUCCACCAAAGAGAUAUUUUUGAAACAUUGUAUCGUAUGAAAGUUUCAAGUUUAACUGAUUUUGAGUGGUUAAAGCAAGAACGUUUUUAUUUUAAUUUAGAAGUCGAUCAGUGUGAAGUUCGAAUAACUGAUGUAACAUUUAUUUACCAAAAUGAAUUUUUAGGAUGCUCAGAUAGACUUGUAAUUACACCCCUUACUGAUCGUUGUUACAUAACAUUGGCUCAAGGAAUAGGAAUGAAUAUGGGAGGAGCGCCUGCUGGACCAGCUGGGACAGGAAAAACAGAAACUACUAAAGAUAUGGGUAAAUCACUUGGUAAAUAUGUAGUGGUAUUCAAUUGUUCAGAUCAAAUGGAUUUUCGAGGACUUGGUCGUAUAUUCAAAGGCCUAGUACAAUCAGGAACGUGGGGAUGUUUCGAUGAAUUUAAUCGUAUAGAAUUGCCAGUAUUAUCAGUAGCUGCUCAACAAAUAUAUCUAGUAUUUUCUGCACGAAGAGAUAAAAAAUCAACAUUUUUAUUCAGCGAUGGUGACAUUAUUCCAAUGAAUCCAGAAUUUGCUAUAUUUCUUACUAUGAACCCUGGUUAUGCUGGAAGACAAGAAUUACCGGAAAAUUUAAAAGUUCUCUUCAGAAGUGUUGCAAUGAUGGUUCCAGAUCGCUUAAUCAUUAUACGUGUAAAAAUGGCAGCGGCUGGUUUUAAAAACAAUAUAGUUUUAUCGAAAAAAUUUUUCAUUUUAUAUCAACUUUGCGAAGAACAAUUAAGUAAACAAGUACAUUACGAUUUUGGUUUAAGAAAUAUAUUAGCAGUUUUACGUACUCUUGGUACUCAGCGAAGAGGCAAUCUAAAUGACUCUGAAGAAACAAUAUUGAUGAGAGUUUUAAGAGAUAUGAAUGUUUCUAAAUUAGUUGAUCAAGAUGCUGCAAUUUUUAUGUCACUUAUUGAAGACCUGUUUGUUGGACUAAAAUUAACAACAUCAACUUAUAAAGACUUGCAAGCUAGUAUAAAUAAAUCAUGUAAUGAGUUUUUAUUUGUCAAUGAUUCUACGUGGAACCUUAAAAUAAUACAAGUUUACGAAACAUCCUUGGUGCGACAUGGAUUAAUGAUACUAGGACCAACUGGAGCGGGAAAAACUGCUGCUAUUCAUACACUAUUAGCCGCAUUAACGAAAAAUGGUUUACCUCAUUUUGAAUAUCGUAUGAAUCCUAAAGCUAUUACUGCACCUCAAAUGUUUGGAAGAUUAGAUGUAGCUACAAAUGAUUGGACAGAUGGAAUAUUUUCUACACUUUGGAGAAAAACUUUAAAAUUAGAACCUGGUGAAUUUUGUUGGAUUGUUUUGGAUGGACCAGUAGAUGCAGUUUGGAUUGAAAAUUUAAACUCUGUCUUAGAUGAUAACAAGACUUUAACGCUAGCAAAUGGUGACAGAAUUGUAAUGGCAUCAAAUGCAAAACUUGCUUUUGAACCAGAUAAUGUAGAUAAUGCAUCACCAGCAACAAUAUCUAGAAUGGGAAUGACUUAUUUUUCAUCAACUGUUUUAUCAUGGAAAAUUAUUUUUCAAGGUUGGGGUAAAAAAAGAUCUAAACAUGAAUUCGAUUGUCUUCAACAUCUUUUUGAUAAUUCUUACGAUGGUUUAUUAAAAGUACUUAAUUCGAAACUUACUGCUAAAAUGACAUUGUUAGAAGCACAUUACAUACAUCAAACUUGCGAUUUACUUGAUGGUUUAUUGAGCAUGUUCAACAUAACAACUGAUUUAUCAGAAAAUACCAUUUCACGAUUGUAUACUUUUUCAAUUAUGUGGAGUUUAGCAGCAGUAUUAGAAUCAUUAAAUCGUCAAUUAUUAGAAGAUUAUAUUUUAAAAGAUAUGAAAGGAAUAAUGAGCGUGCCAAAACUUAAGGAAGGUGAAACAAUUUAUGAGUAUACAGUGUCCAAAAAUGGUGAAUGGAUGCAUUGGAGUUCAUUAGUUGAUGAAUAUAUGUAUCCUCGUGACUAUACACCUUCUUAUGGAGACAUUUUGGUUCCGAAUUUGGAUAAUGUUCGAGCAAUGUUUUUAAUUUCAUUAAUUGCAAACCAAGAAAAAAAUGUUUUACUUAUUGGUGAACAGGGAACAGCCAAAACAGUAAUGAUCAAAAGUUUUAUGCAAGAAUUUGAUCAAGAAAAAAGACUGAGCAAAAUGCUUAAUUUCUCCUCCGCUACUACACCGAAUAUGUUCCAGAACACAAUUGAAGGCUAUAUGGAAAAAAGGUUUGGUACAACAUAUGGUCCUCCGGGUAAUCGAAAAAUGUCUGUAUUUAUUGAUGAUAUAAAUAUGCCAAUUAUAAACGAUUGGGGAGAUCAAGUUACAAAUGAAAUUACUCGACAAUUAUUGGAAGGUGGAGGAUUUUAUUCAUUGGUUAAACCAGGAGAAUUUAUAAAUAUAGUUGGAGUAAAUAUGUUAGCAGCUAUGAUUCAUCCAGGUGGUGGUCGAAAUGAUAUCCCACCUAGAUUAAAGAGACAGUUUUGUAUAUUUAAUUGUACCUUACCAUCAGACACGUCAAUGGAUAAAAUAUUUGGAACGUUGGGAAGUGGCUAUUUUUGUAAAGAACGUUUUGAAGAGCAAAUUGUACAAUUUGUUCCAAAGCUUGUACCUCUAACACGAUUAGUAUGGCAAAAAACUAAAAUAAAAUUACUACCAACCCCAGCCAAUUUUCAUUAUGUGUUUAAUUUACGUGACUUAUCACGUAUAUGGGAAGGCAUGUUACAAAUUGGUAUUUCCGAAUGUCCUAAUGUUCAAGUAUUAUUGAAAUUAUGGUGCCACGAACUUUUGCGAGUAGUAUAUGACAAGCUCACAAACGCAGCAGAUAAAGAAUGGUUUUUUAGUAAUUUGUUAACUACCACGCGAGAUUAUUUAAAUAAUGAAGACUUUAAAUUGUUUCCAUCAGACAUUAACAAAACAGUUUUUGUUGACUUUUUACGUGAUAUGCCUGAACCUACAGGUGAUGAACCUGAUGAUUUUGUUUUCGAAGAUCCAAAAGUUUAUGAAGAAAUAGAAGACUUUGUUACUCUUGAGGCUAGAGUGCUUAUGUACAUGACACAAAUGAAUGAAGUAAUACGAGGAUCUAAUAUGGACUUAGUAUUUUUCCGCGAUUGCAUGGUGCAUCUAGUUAUCAUAUCACGAAUUUUAAGAAUACCACGUGGAAAUGCCUUACUUGUAGGCGUUGGAGGUUCAGGGAGAAGAUCAGUCACAUCUUUAGCUUCAUUUAUUGCUGGAUAUUUCCAGCAUAAAAUAUUCAUGACUAGAACAUAUAACGUGAACAACUUUUUGGAUGAUAUAAGAUUACUUUAUAGAAAAGCAGGGUUUGAAGAUAAAAAGACCACUUUUGUGUUUACUGAUAACGACAUAAAAGAAGAAGCUUUCUUAGAAUACCUAAAUAAUAUUUUAAGUUCUGGAGAAGUAGCUAAUUUAUUUGCAAAAGAUGAACUUGAAGAAAUGCUAAGUACACUGACUCCAACAUUUAGAAAAAAAAAUCCAAAAGGCAUUCCAACUUUGGACAAUUUGUAUGAAUUUUUCAUUAAACAAGCAACACAAAAUUUGCAUGUUGUGCUUUGUUUUUCACCGAUAGGUGAAAGUUUUCGAUUACGUGCAUUGAAAUUUCCUGGUAUUAUAUCUGGUUGUAUCAUUGAUUGGUAUACAUCUUGGCCGUUAGAAGCUUUACACGCAGUAUCUCAUCACUUUUUAAAGGACUUCAACAUUGUUGGUACAAACAUGGAAAAAAAUUCUUUAAUACAAAUGUUAGGUGAAAUACAUAAUAAUGUUACUAAAGAUUGCAUUAAUUAUCAGCAAAGGUUUCGGCGACAAAUUUAUGUCACUCCCAAGUCAUUUCUAUCAUUUAUUGAUGGUUAUAAAAAUUUAUAUAAAGAAAACGUUGAACAAAUUGAAAAUAUGAAAGUACAAAGAGUACUGGGGUUAGAAAAACUUGCUGACGCCUCACUACAAGUUGAAGUAUUAAAACUAGAAUUGGUCGAAAAAGAAAAAGAAAUAGCAGUUGCGAAUGCUGCUUGUAACGAAGUUACAACUAAAGUCAAUAAAGUAGUAGAAAUAGCAGAAAAAAGUAAAGCUGAAGUAGUAAUUGUCAAGGAUAAGGCUGAGCAAUUACUAAAAGUUAUAUCUAAAGAAAAAAAAAUUGCUGAAGGAAAACUUGCCAAAGCUAAACCAGCUUUAGACGCAGCUGAAGCAGCUUUAAACACUAUAGAGCAAAAAGAUAUAGCUACAGUCAGAUCAUUAAAAAAGCCUCCAAUUUUAAUUACAUUAAUUAUGGACUGUGUACUUAUAUUAUUUAAACGCCCGCUUGUACCAGUAACAAUAGAUCGAUCGAUAAAUUUUUUGUCAAAUUCUUAUGAAUACGAGUCUAAAAAAUUUAUGGGUGAAGGACGAUUUUUAGAAAAAUUGAAAAAUUUUCCCAAAGAUCAAAUAAAUGGAGAAUUAAUUGACUUAAUGCAAACUUAUUUUAAAUACCCCGAUUAUACAUUAGAAAAUGCAAAUAAAGCAUGUGGAGAUGUUGCUGGAUUAAUUAGCUGGACGAAGGCAAUGGCUGAAUUUUAUAAAGUUAAUACAGAAGUUUUACCUUUGAAGAUGAAUCUUGCAAAGCAAGAAGCUAAACACAAUAAAGCUAAAGAAGAGCUACGGGAAGCUGAGGCUAUUGCUGCAGAGAAAAACAGAGAAUUAAUGGAAGCAAAAAGAAAACUUAAGAUUGCUUUAGACUCACAAGGAGAAGUUCAAGCAGAAGCUGAUAAAUGUAAAAACAAAAUGAUGUCAGCAACUGCUUUAAUUGAUGGACUAGUAGGCGAAAGAAAAAGAUGGACUCAACAAUUAGCUGGUUUCAAUGUAGAAAUUAAAAAACUAUUGGGUGAUAUUGUAAUAUUAACUGGAUUUCUAUCCUAUUCGGGUCCAUUUAAUCAAGAAUAUCGGACACAUAUUAUACAAUCGUGGUACAAUCAACUACAUGAAAAAAAUAUCCCAAAUACAGUUGAUUUAAGCAUAAUUGACAAAUUAGUAGAUCCUCCUACAAUAAGUGAAUGGAAUCUUCAAGGCUUGCCUAAUGAUGAAUUAUCUACUCAAAAUGGUAUAAUUGUAACACAAUCACCAAAAUAUCCUGUAUUAAUUGAUCCACAAAGUCAAGGAUUAGCAUGGAUAAAAAAUAAGGAAUUAGUUAAUCAAAUGAAAGUUACUUCAUUCGAUAAUAAGUAUUUUAGAAACCAUUUAGAGGAUUGUGUAUCCUUAGGGAAACCUUUACUAAUACAGGACAUUUUACAAGACGUAGAUCCAGUGCUAGAAAAUGUUUUAGAAAAAAACUAUUUUAAAGUAGGUAGAAACUUAAAAGUAUCACUUGGAGAUAAAGAAGUUGAUAUACAUGAAAGUUUUCGUAUGUACAUAACAACAAAGCUUAGUAAUCCAUCUUACUCGCCAGAACUUUAUGCUCGAUGCUCUAUAAUUGAUUUCACUGUAACACUUAGAGGAUUGGAAGAUCAAUUGUUAAGCAGAGUCAUUGAAACCGAAAAAAGAGAGUUGGAAUUGGAACGAGUUGAACUUAUUGCUGAAGUGACUUCACAAAAACGUAAAAUGCAAAAACUUGAAUAUGAUUUGCUUGUCAAAUUAACCACAGUAAAGGGAUCUCUAGUAGACGAUGAAUCUGUUUUAUAUACACUUAACAAGACUAAAGAUACUGCUGCAGAUGUCAACGAAAAAAUUAAAAUUGCUACACAAACACAAGCUUCAAUUAAUUUAGUACGUGAAGAAUACCGACCAAUUGCUACUAGAGGAUCAGUUCUAUAUUUUUUAAUUGUUGAAAUGGGAAUGAUAAAUUCCAUGUAUCAAAAUUCUUUGCAACAAUUUAUUGAACGUUUUGAUUUAUCUCUUAUGAAGUCAGAAGCUUCACUUAUAUUAAGUAGACGAAUAUCUAAUAUAAUAAAAACAAUGACAUAUGAUAUAUUUAAAUACAAGUGUCGAGGUUUAUAUGAAAAAGAUAAAACGUUGUUCACAGUCAUCAUGACACUUAAAAUUGAUAUGGAACAACAAAAUAUAACAAAAGAUCAGUUUGAAUAUUUUAUCAAAGGAGGUGCUUCAAUUGAUUUGAAUUCUAUAAAACCAAAACCUUUUGCCUGGAUUACUGAUAUAUGUUGGAUGAACUUAGGGUUAUUACAAACUAUAUCUCCAUUUCAAGAAAUAUUGAAUAUUGUCUCACAAAAUGAAAAACAAUGGAAAACUUGGUACGAAAAAAGUACACCCGAAAAAGAAGUUAUCCCCAAUGGUUUGGAUAAACUUAGUCAAUUCGAAAGAUUAUUGAUUGUAAGAGCUUGGUGUCCAGAUAGAACAUUGAAUCAGGCUUUUGCUUAUAUUGAAGAAUCUCUUGGUCCUAAGUUUGUCGAAUCAAUAAUGUUUGAUAUUGAAGAAAUGUACCUCGAGUCAAGAAACACAACACCACUCAUUUGUUUCUUAAGUAUGGGUUCAGACCCUAGUAAUUUAAUUGAAAAUACUGCUAAAAAGUUAGAAAUUCCAUUCCGAUCUAUAUCAAUGGGACAAGGGCAAGAAAUACAUGCUAGAGUAUUAAUGGAAAAUUGUAACAUUAACGGAGGAUGGGUUUUGCUACAAAAUUGUCAUCUUUGUUUAGACUAUAUGCAAGAAACAUAUGUAUACUUAAUAACAAGAGCUGCAACAACACAACAUGAAAAUUUUAGAGUUUGGAUUACAACAGAACCGCAUCCUAAAUUCCCAAUCUCAUUACUACAAAUAGCAGUUCAUUAUACAUAUGAGCCCCCUGAAGGAUUACGAGCUGGUCUAAAAAGAACAUAUAAUAAUAUGGGACAAGAUAUAUUUGAUUAUUCAAGUGUACCUCAAUACAGAUCAAUCCUAUACGCCAUAUCUUUUCUACAUUCUGUUGUUCAAGAACGUAGGAAGUUCGGACCUAUUGGCUGGAAUAUCCCAUAUGAAUUCAAUACUUCAGAUUGGUAUUCUUCAACGUUAUACUUACAAAAAAUGGUUGAUGAAAUGACUAUUAACUCUCCAGUAAAUUGGGUAUCUUUAAGAUAUAUGUUGGCUGAAGUUCAUUAUGGUGGAAGGGUAACUGAUGACUAUGAUCGAAGGCUACUUAAUAAUUUCACAGUCAUGUGGUUUGUAGAUAAAAUAUUUGACGACCAGUUUAAUUUCUAUAAAAAUUAUAACAUUUUACAUUUCAAAAAAUUAUCACAUUACUUAACAGCGAUUGAAAAUAUGUCAUUGAAAGAUCCGCCACAAGCUUGUGGUCUCCAUCCCAAUGCAGAUAUCACAUAUCAAACAAAUAUAAUACAAAACAUGUUUGAUAAGAUAACAUUUAUCCAACCAAAAGGUUCUGGUGGAGAUGGAGAAUUUACAAGAGAAGAUAAAGUACUAUCAAUGACAAAUGAUAUAUUAAAGAAAUUACCAGCUACUUUUAACAUGUUUAAAGUAAAAGAAAGAUUAUCAAUCAUGGGAGCGACACAACCUAUGAAUAUUUUCUUAGGUCAAGAAAUUGAUCGAAUUCAGGUUGUUAUUGAUUUAGUUAGGAAUACAUUGGAGGAUCUGUUAUUAGCAAUUGAAGGGAUCAUCAUAAUGAACGAGGUCUUGUCUACCACUUUAGAUUUCCUUUAUGAUGGUCGUAUACCUACUCAUUGGAUAAGACCUUCUUGGACGUCAUCAUCUAUAAGUUUUUGGUUCAACGAAUUGCUUGAACGACAACUCCAAAUAUCUACAUGGAUUUUCAAAGAAAAACCAUCCAAAUUCUGGUUGACUGGUUUUUUUAAUCCACAAGGAUUUUUAACCGCUAUGAAGCAAGAAAUAUCAAGGGCUCACACCGGGUGGACUCUAGAUAAUAUGGUUCUUGAUAAUAGAGUCACAAUUUAUUCUAAAUACGAAAUUGGUAAACAACCAACUGAAGGUGUAUAUGUAUAUGGAUUAUUUUUGGAUGGGGCUAGUUGGAAUAAAAAAUCAAGUGUAUUACAAGAAUCCCUGCAUAAAAUACUAAUAACAGAAAUGCCAGUGAUUCAUAUUUAUGCAAUAAAUUUAACAAAACCUCGAACGUUAACCGGUUAUCAGUGUCCAGUUUAUAAAAAACCAAGAAGAACUGGUUUGUUUUACAUUUGCCAAUUAAACUUAAACACACCGCCUGAUCUUCAUGGAGAACAUUGGAUAUUAAGAGGCGUAGCAUUGUUAUGCGAUGUUAAAUAA